AUGGGGUGGAGCAGAGCUUCACCGUUUCUAGUCAGCAAGCUUGCAACUCUGGUCACUGGUAGAGCAAAACGAGAGGAUUCGAAUGUCGUCUUCAUUGCUUUAGGCAUGAUUGAACAACUUCUCAACAGCGACAGGUGCGACUUCAUUCUCUUGCACAAAAUUCGAAACGAUUCAAGAUCUUGUUUUGUCUGA